UUAAAACCUUCCGAUAUAAUAAAUAAAAAAAGCUGGGUGUGAACUGAAAAAAGUUAAUUUCGCUCAACUAGUGCAAGUUGGAAGACCUCAUAUGCAGUUUAGAUAGAUAUAAAUGGGAGCGAUUUGGUAGACCCAAAUAAUCUGUUCUGAAUUUUGAAAUCUAAUCAUGUUCCGAAAUCUAUCUGUAUUCCUCGUGUGUGCUUUCGCAGUACAAUGUUUGGCUGACCCGGACUGUUCCCAACGGCCCAAAAAGGAAGAUUUGAUGAAUUGUUGUGCGAAACCACCUGCAUAUGAGGACAUUGUGAGAAAGUGUAGCGAUAAAUUUCCCUUUCAGCAAGGCCAGCCGAACUUCUGCGUUGAUGAAUGCAUCUUCAAUGAAACAGGAGUAACUGUAAACGGUGUGGUUCAGAAGGAUAAACUUUCUGAAAAAAUAGGAGAAUUGUAUAAAGACAUACCUGAUUUCCUCCCAGGAGUCGCGAAGGCAAUUGAAAAAUGUGACGAAUUUGUUCGUGCUAAACUGGUUGAAAUAAUGGAGCAUAAAUCUGCAGGCGCGGAUAAAUGUAAUCCUGUAGCUUCAAUGUAUGAAUCCUGCUUUUUUGUCGACGAAAUGAUUAGUUGCCCAGCAUCGGAUUGGCAAAAUACUGACAAUUGCAAUCGUGCUAAGGAAUUUAUGAAGUCUUGCCCAAUGCCUUAUAACCAUUGAAUUGAAACUUGUUAAGGAAUACACUUUUGGCAAAUAUGUUUUGCAAAACAUGUCAUUUGUGAGUUAAAUUUGUUCGCAUAUAGAUAGCUAUGGCUAUAACUGGCCUGAAAAAUUUGAAAUGAAAGA